AUGGCAGUUUGGUCGGUGGAGCUCCGGGACGGCUCCAACUACCUGAAGCUCUCUGCACGGCUGAGCUACAGAGGGCGGAGCACGGACGAGACGAGCGCUGAAGUGGAUCCGGAGGCGGAGGCGGAGUUGUGUCUGCUCUCUGGGAACUUGCCGGGCAGCUCUGUGGCGGGGAAGGUGGAUGGUGUUCCCAUUACUUCAGAUGACUUCUUCUUUGGUCUCGAGCACCCUCAGGGCCUGAAUUCAGCCCGGGCCGGAGAGUAUCGAUGCUGCUUAAAGCAGCAUACUGCGAAGAUUCAGGAGCACGGCCCGCACGCAGCUUUGGUUCUGGGCGUGACGGUGCCUGGCCAGGUACGGCGAUCUUUCUUGCAUUACUUGGAGCGAGAGCGUGCUCAUCCCUCAAGGAAGAUGCUUCACUACAACAGCUGGUAUGAUAUUGGAACAGGCCAACAGUUCGAUGCUGAGCAGGCAAUAAACCGGCUGGAUCACAUCGCGAGGGAGCUGUCACGACGAGGAGUCAUGCUAGACUCUUUCCUGCUGGAUGACGGCUGGGACGACCCAGACACUUAG